AUGACAUCGUUCGCCUCGCUCAUGGCCAUCAGUGCCUCCCAUACCAGGGAGAGCCAGCAGGCAGCAGAGCACGCCCUGCAGGAACGACGGCGGAAGGAGGCAUUACAGAGAAAGCAGCAGGAGGAACGGGAGGCGAAAGAACGUGAGAUGGAGAGGCAGCGCCGGCUCAAGAUUUUCGAGGACGAGAAGCGCAAGGAGCAGCUCGCACGCAAGCAGGAGGAGGAGCGUAAGGCUCGGGAACUCGCCCGGCAGCGAAAGGAGGAAGAACAGCGAAAUGCGUUGCUGUACGGUCCCAAGAAAGCGGCGAAACUUGCUGGGGCCUCAGGAUCGUCGAGUGGCGCUGGGUCUUCAUCGGGUUCUAAGGAUGCUAGGAGGCGGAAGACUCUCGACGAUGACGACGACGAGCCGCAAGGCGUAGUUCUUACUCGCGAGGAGCUCAGGGAGAGAAAGCAGCAGGCCGAGAUGCGCAGGUUAUUUUCGACUUCAAAGCGGACAUCGACGAGUACAUCGAGCUACCGCAAGGCUGGCAUGCGGCUUCCAGGUGGUGCAGUCAACAUCGUCAAGGACGGCAGCCAGCCUGAGCUGCCUAUUACUGGUGGCUCGGUUAAAGACCGACUGGCGGCCCAACCUAACACCCUGUUGAUGCUCAAUCAACAGAAAAAGGACAAGCGCACAUUGGAUGAGAUUCAGACGGAAAUCAGGGCCAGACGGUCAGGCAAGACGAUAGAAGGUGUGGAGGCGCUCAGCUUCGACGACUGGUUCCCGAGCAACAACAAGAAGAAGACGGCGACCACGAACAGCGCCAAGGCGUCGCCUGCGCCGCCUGCCUCGUCUUCUACACCACCAGUUGCUGCGGCAGACCCACCUCGCCCUAGCUCAACAAAGCCCCUUCCAUCAGUCGCCAGCUCGUCAACGCAAAGGAACUCCUCCAAUGUGUCCAGGCCCUCGUCGACAAAGCCAAUCACAGCCAGUACCGCACAGAAGCUGCGCGCAGGAUCAAACUCCCGCGCCAGCUCGGCAGACAUGCCAUCUUCAUCGCAUAAUCGCAUUCCCAAGAUCAACAAAACCUCCUCUUCCUCCGCCACUGUUGGAUCUUCUCAUCGCCCGACCUCCUCAUACAGCUCACAGCCAUCGAGUCGGGGUACAAAACGCCCACGAUCGCCUAGUUACUCUCCAUCGCCCCCACCUCCGUCAAAGAAGCGUGCGAUAGAUGAAGAUCUCUCAUCGACGAUCUGGUCGCUGUUCGGGAAAGACCGCAGCAAGUACACCUCACGGGAUGUGUUUAGUGACGAUGAGGAUAUGGAAGCGGAUGCUACAAUUUUGGAAAGGGAGGAAAAGGCCAGUGCUCGCAUUGCCAGGAGGGAGGAACAAGCUGCGUUGGAAGAGGAGCGCCGUCACGAGGAAGAGAAACGUCGCCGCAGGAAAGAGCGAGAACGAAUGUUGGCCGCGAGCAAAGCCUAA